AUGAUUAACAAUUAUGAUAUUUCCUGUAUCAUAGAAUCAAUCAAAAAAAGAGGAGGUCUCUUUUAAGGUUCCAUCAUUACAGCUACAAACAUAAAUGCAUUAAAUUACUACAAUAUUACAUCUGUUCUUUCUAUCUAUUCUGAAUUUAGUAAUCAAUCAUUUAUUACUAGAAAUUCAAAAUGCAUCAGAAAUCAAUAAUCUCAUAUUCGAUUGUCAUGACACUCCUCACUUUGAUAUGACAACACUUUUUGAAUAAGCUCAUAAUUACUUAGAAUCAUCCAGAUAAUAUACUAAUUUUUUAGUCCAUUGUCAUGAAGGCAUAUCAAGAUCUACAACAAUUGUUGUAUCCUAUAUGAUGAAAAAAAGAAAUCUUAAUAUAGAAUAAGCCUUUAUAUAUGUUAUAUACUAGAGACCCAUUGUCUCUCUAUAUCAAGGCUUUAUCAAAUAACUUUUUUUAACUGAGCAAAAUAUUUAUGGUAGAAUUACUUCACUUCUAAAUGAAUCAAUUACUCCUUAUUUUCAUUACAACAAUAAAUCCAACCAAUAUCACCUUUUAAUAUUACUAAAAAACUAAGAACAUCCUUAUAAAUCUUAGAAAAUAAUUCUGAUUCAAAAAAGCAACCCUUUAAUUCUCCCAUUAGAUCUAUCCCUACUAGUUUCCCAAUCAUCAUGUAAUCUCCACCUUAAUAAACAUAAUAAAUCAAUAACCAAUAUCCAUAAUUUACUACUCCUUAAAUAUCGAAAAAUUCAAAUGGAAAGACUUUUACUUACCAACAACCUAUUUUCAUUCCAUUUACUGUUCCAAUAUCCAAAGAAAUUAUUUCAGCACUUAAAACCAAUAGUGAGUAAUAAAAGGUAAAAUGAUAAUAUUUUUAUUUUCAAAUUGAUAAUAAAAAUACUUAAACUAUUAUUUGAUCUUCAAAACUACCAAAUAAGAUGA